AUGUAUCGUAAACUUGUACAACUGAAUAAAAAACAACUUAGAAGUUACGAUAGUUCAGAUCAAGACAACACUCACGUAAACUUAGAUCACGACAACAAUCAGCAAACAAUUAAACAAAAUGAAGAUAGCAUUGAAUUGUCUUUUGAUAUUGAUAAUGAAUUUGGGAACGAUGAAGAAAUAUGCCAACAAACUAACGUUGUAUGCUUGCAGGAGGAAAAUUCAAGAAAAAUCGAACAGAGCCCUUCUACGUCUAUAAGUAUUGGGUCUAUUUUAGACACUCCCAGAAAAACUGUUAUAAAGAGAAAGCUGAAUUUAUGCGAAAAAAAUGAUUUUAAACAAAAACAGACAGAUCAAUAG